AUGGCUGGAAAACACAGUUUUGAAUGUUAUUUUUUUAUGGAAGAAGGGAUCCAGGAAGAAAGAACUGAAGAACAUAAAGACUUAUGCAAAGCUCUUUGCUUAAUUGAAGACAUGAUUGCAGCCAUGGGUCUGAAAGUCAACAAAUAUGAGAAAAAACAAAAAUGGCUUGAGAUCCUAAGUAAGAUCGAAAACAAAAUGUACACAAAGCUGAAAAAUGGCCACGUGUUUAGAAAGCAGGACCUGAUGAGUACAGAGCGGACCCUGCUGUAUGAUGGCCUCGUUUACUAGAAAACCACCAUGGGACGUUUCAAAGAUAUCCUAGCUAUACUUCUAUCUGAUGUGCUGUGCUUUUUACAAGAAAAAGACCAGAAAUACAUCUUUGUAGUGGUAAACCAGAAGCCAUCCGUUAUUUCCCUUCAGAAGCUUACUGCUAGAGAAGUUGCUAAUGAGGAGAGAGGAAUGUUUCUAAUCAGUGCUUUAUCAACUGGUCCCGAGAUGUAUGAAAAUCACACCAAUUCCAAGGAGGAACGGAAUAACUGGAUGAGGUGGAUCCAACAGGCAGUAGAAAGUUGCCCAGAAGAAGAAGGGGGAAGGACAAGUGAAUCCGAUGAAGAGAAGUGGAAAGCUGAAGCCAGAGUGGCCAGAAUUCAGCAAUGUCAAGAAAUACUCAGUAAUCAAGACCAGCAAAUUUGCACAUAUUUGGAGGAAAAGCUGCAUAUCUAUGCUGAACUGGGGGAGCUGAGUGGCUUUGAGGAUGUCCAUCUAGAACCUCACCUCCUUAUUAAGCCUGAUCCAGGAGAGCCUCCUCAGGCAGCCUCUUUACUGGCAGCAGCACAGAAAGAAGGAAGAUGUUUUUCAGAAUCUUCACAGUCAGAGAUUGUACAAGCUAUACAGAAUUUAACCUGUCUUUUAUAUAACCUUCAGGCCUCCUUGACCAUUCAGGAUAGCCACAUUGAGAUCCACAAGCUGGUUCUCCAGCAGGAGAGCCUGGCUCCCAGCCGCUCUUUGUGAGGCGGCUCCUUCCAAGACCAGGAAAAGUCCCGCAACCUGGAGAAGCAGUGUGAGGAGCUGGCUAACAUCCAUAAGCUCCAACACCAGUUCCAGCAGGAACAGCAGCGCUGGCACCGCAGGUGUGACCAGCAGCAGCGGGAGCAAGAGGCUAAGGAGAGCUGGCUGCAGGCGCAGGAAUGGGAGUGCCAGACACAGGAGGAGCUUCUGCUGAAGAACUGCAGUGAGCUGGACCAUCAGCUCCAGGAGUACCAGCAAAACCUGGAGUGGCUGAGUGAGGGCCAGAGGGUGGUGGAGAGGGAGAGAGAGAGAAGCAUGGGCACCCAACAGGGCCUGCAGUGUCCCAGGAAGCACAGCCGGCAGAGUAGACUCCCAGCAGCCUUUCCACCAGGAAGCAAGGAGGUAAUGGAAUUUAAUCGAUCUGAGGGUUUGUGUCAUGAAAAUUCACUCCUCACACAUGAAGCUUUAGUACAAAUGUCACUUAACACUUUCAGUAAACCGAGUCCAUCAGGCAUCCAUGAGGAUGCCACUUACCCCCCAAAUAUAGCUAAUUCUGAUUUGGUGAGGACUAGUGAAAAUCAAGUAAACCUCAAGACGGAAGUUUCUCAGCCUUCAGACGUCAACCAUGAACUGUGGACAGCUGUUGGGCCCUAUCAUCAGAUACCUCCUCUCCAUGAAAGCAGCAAGGAUUCUUGUAAAUAUGGUAAUUAA